AUGGCACAUGAAGAGAUAUUAACUGCUUUCCUUCUUCCUUUCGGGCAUCAUCUUCUUGUCUUUAAUAUUAAGCUCUACAAUGUUUCGAAGCUUUAUUUAGAUGAGCAACGAGAAAGAAGUGUAAUAAAUUUAACGCCCAACAUGUUCAACAACCCUGCAAGUCAAGAACGUUAUGUACAUUUAUAUAAGAAUAAAAAAAUAUCCACACAGCAAAAAGGAAAUAAUGAGAAAAAGCAAAGAAUAACAAAUGGAUUAGAUCCAGACUUUGUGAGAUUAGCUUGUCCUUUAAAUGCUUUGUUGUUUCUUAACUGGAAAAAAUAUUCAUGA